UUUCUCCCUCUCUCUCUUUCUCUGUCUCUCUCCCUGUCUCAGUGUGAAAACCACAGCUAACAGCACACUGAUAACUCUUCUUGCAAACCAGUCAAAAUGCCUGCAGACUACAAUGGACGCUGGGAGAUGGUGAGCAACGAGAACUUUGAGGAAGUGAUGAAGGCCAUCGACAUUGACUUCGCCACCAGAAAGAUAGCUGCCCACCUGCAUCAGACUAAAGUGAUCGUCCAGAACGGAGACAAGUUUGAGACGAAGACCCUGAGCACCUUCAGGAACUACGAGGUCAACUUCACCAUGGGGGAGGAGUUUGAGGAGACAACGAAAGGGCUGGACAACCGAAAGCUCAAGACGACGGUUUCCUGGGACGGGGACAAGCUGGUGGCUGUUCAGAAGGGGGAGAAAGAAAACCGAGGCUGGAAACACUGGAUGGAGGGAGACCUGCUACACCUGGAAAUCCAUGUGCUCGACAAAGUCUGCCAUCAAGUUUUUAAGAAGGCCCAAUAAUCUGUCAUAUGCUGCAUGUUCCUGCCUAUUUAUAAUGUGAUUGUGAAGACCUGUAAUAAACUGAUUUAAUAUC